AAAUAUGACCUCAUCAAAUUCUCUCCUUCUAUUAUAACAGCGGACGGGGUACUUACUUUAGCUAAGCCUUUCAAGAAACUCUUCCAGAAAAAACACAUCAUCCAUGGAUGCUACCAUUAUCACCCAAGAUCCAAGCCAAGGCCAGAGUGUGGUCACCUCCAAGCAAGCUCAAGUGGAAGUGAUAGCAGUGCCAAUGAUCCCAUUCCAUAGCCAUCUCGACCAACUCCUCCACUUCUCCUGCCUCAUCUCCUCCUCCUACAGCAUCCCCGUCCACUUCGCCACCACCGCCACCCACCUCCGCCAGGCCAAACUCCGUUUCAACUCCCAAACCCACCUCCAGAACCCCCACAUCCGCUUCCACGAAUUGCCCACCCCUCCUUUCCUCUCCCCUCCUCCAGACCCGAACUCCCCCAACAAAUUCCCUUCCCAUCUCCAGCCCACCUUCGAAGCCUCCAUGCAGCUGCGACACCCCAUGGCGGAGCUCCUCCGCGAGGUCUCCGCCACCGCCAGACGGGUUGUCGUAAUCCACGACGCCUUCAUGGCUUAUGUGGUCCAGGACAUGGCCACCCUUCCCAAUGUUGAGUCCUAUAUCUUUAGCCCUAUACCUGCUUUCCAUGGCCUUUUAAGAGAAUUGAAGGAUGAUCAUAAAUAUCCCCAUUUCUUUGAAGAAUUAAAAGCGAUUCCAUCGAUUGAAGGAUGCCUCCCUCCUGAGUUUAUAAAUCUUGUUGUUCCUUCCGUUGCGUUUCUCUCACUAGCUGCUGGAACUAUAUUCAACUCAUGCAGAUCAAUUGAAGGUACUUACAUUGAUUUACUGGCAAAGGAAAUGAAUAGUAGAAACAAGAAAAUCUGGGCAGUUGGGCCAUUGAAUCAUGGCAAAAAAAGUGAGUCAAAUAGCCUACACAAGUGUUUGGAGUGGCUUGACAAACAAGUCCCUAAAUCCGUGUUAUAUGUUUCGUUUGGAACAUCUACUUCAAUGGCAGAUGAACAGAUCAAAGAGCUUGCACUUGGGUUAGAACAGAGCAAACAGAAGUUCAUUUGGAUAUUGAGAGAUGCAGAUAAAGGGGACAUUUUUGCGGGAGAUGUGAAGAGAGCUCAACUGCCAGAAGGGUAUGAGGAAAGGGUAAAAGAAUUUGGAAUGGUGGUGAGGGAUUGGGCACCUCAAGUGGAAAUUCUAGGGCACCCAUCAACAGGUGGGUUUAUAAGCCAUUGCGGAUGGAAUUCUUGUUCUGAGAGUAUAGCCCUGGGAGUGCCCAUAGCUGCCUGGCCAAUGUACGCUGACCAACAUAGAAAUGCUUUUCUGAUUACAAAUAUAUUAAAGGUCGGUCUAGCGGUUAAGACAACAGAAGAGAGUGAAGAAAUAGUGACUUCAUCUACCAUUGUAGGUGCUGUCAAGAGGUUGAUGGCAUCAAAAGAAGGGGAAGAGAUGGGGAAGAGGGCGGAAGAGAUUGGCGCUGCUGUCCAACUGGCGGUGGAGGAAGGUGGGGUUUCUCGCUUAGAGUUGGAUUCAUUCAUUGCCCAUAUAACUAGGUAGUAACCACCAAUUGGACUUUGUACAAAUCUCAUCAUGAAUAGUGUGAGUAUAGUAUUUUAAUGUGUAUUGAGCUACAACACUGAAUGUGUUCAAUGUUCCAACAAAGGUACUCAUUUGGUAAGCGAAUAUCUUUUAGAUAAAAUCUAUUUAUACGAUAAUGCUUGGUUCUUCGAA